GUGUAUCUAUCUAUAUAUACGGUUUCUUAUUUCCCCCUUCAUGUCUAAUCACAUUUUUUGAUUCUGUAAAAAGAUUUGUGUUGUUAGAGUUGAGCAGUGAAGCGAGUGAGCUGAGAGUAGUAAUGACGAUGGUUGUAUCGGCGUUCAGAGGCGUAGCUCAUGGUCGAUUACCUCUAGUCCAUCAUCCUCGGUGGCCUGCAACAAGUGGUAGUAUAUCAAGUAGACGGAGUAGGCUCAGCUGUCAAUCCAAUGGGUUGACUCUUUUUGCUCGAUACUCGCAGGCUGAGGAUCGUUUUACUUCUCGUCUUCAAGACAGCAUGGAAAACUUGCCCAAACUAGUCGAGGAUAUAGUCCAGACAUCUAUAAAUACUGGUCCUCGUGGAGCCAUUAGGCUAGCUCAAGGUAUCCAAGCAGUUAUUGGGGUAGGCAGUGAGUGGCUUGCAGAUGUAUCAAAGUCAACAAAUUCAUCCGCCGGAUUACCAUCUCAGAUGCAGCUCGGAUUACUUUCCCCCCUUUAUCUUAGAAGAUUGUUUGAACGCAUGGGUGCAACCUACAUCAAAUUAGGUCAGUUCAUAGCGUCAGCACCCACAUUAUUUCCAUCAGAAUAUGUCCAGGAAUUUCAGUACUGUUUUGACAGAGCUCCCACAGUUCCUUUUGAAGAGAUUCAAAGAAUCUUGCGUGAGGAAUUAGGGGGACCAAUAGAUGCUGUGUUUGAGUAUGUUGAUCCAACACCAAUUGCCUCAGCCUCAAUAGCACAGGUUCAUGGUGCAAAGCUCAGAGGCUCCCAAGAGGACGUAGUGAUAAAGGUCUUGAAACCAGGAAUAGAAGAUAUAUUAGUGGCAGAUCUGAAUUUUGUGUACAUUGUUGCACGCAUUUUGGAGUUCUUAAAUCCUGAACUGAACCGUGCAUCUCUGGUUGGUAUUGUCAAAGACAUAAGGGAGUCAAUGCUUGAAGAAGUUGACUUUAAUAAAGAGGCUGCAAAUAUUGAGUCUUUUAGGAGAUAUUUAGAGGCCAUGGGCCUGACAAGGCAGGCUACAGCUCCAAAAGUGUACCGGCAGUGCAGCACCCAACGCGUUCUGACAAUGGAGAGGCUUUAUGGAGUUCCUCUUACUGACUUAGACUCUAUUAACUCACUUGUUUCAAGUCCAGAGGCCAGUCUUAUAACCGCCCUUAAUGUGUGGUUUGGCAGUUUGCUUGCUUGUGAAACCUUCCAUGCAGAUGUACAUGCAGGCAAUUUGUGGUUGCUUCGUGAUGGGCGCAUUGGGUUUCUCGAUUUUGGAAUUGUUGGACGCAUUUCCCCAACAACAUGGGCAGCUAUGGAAGUAUUUUUGGCAUCAAUUGCAACUGAAGAAUACGAGUCAAUGGCAUCUUCCUUGAUUGAAAUGGGUGCCACAAACAAGAAUGUGGAUACUAAGGCCUUUGCAAGGGAUUUGGAAAAAAUAUUUUCAUCAAUACAGGAUUUGGAUACAGAAAUUGUUGUUGCAACAGCCAGGGAAGCAAGUACAAAUGCCACCAGAGUCUCUGCUAAUGUAGUUGUUGAUGAAAGGCAGAUGAAUGCACUGUUUCUUGAUGUGGUUCGAGUUAGUGAAUCAUAUGGCCUGAGAUUUCCUCGAGAGUUUGCGCUUCUCAUGAAACAGCUUCUGUAUUUUGAUCGGUACACACGCUUGCUAGCUCCCAACAUGAACAUGCUUCAGGACCAGAGGAUUACCAUUGUCUCAAACCGAAGAAGCGGCAGUGGGAGAAACAUUUACCAAUGAUUGUGGCUAUCAAUGAAAGUAGCAGAAUUGUAAUUUUCUGAUGCUAUUUUUUUUUUUAAUCAUCUUUUAUGUGUAAAUAUUACAGAUAGAGAUUACACUCUGUAGAAACUCAUUGCAACAGCACAAAAUAAAUGUUCUCGAUAUAAAUAUACUCCGUAUAUGCCAUUCUAGAAA